AGCAUAAAUAUUUCGUACUAGCUCUGUUCCAUGUAACUUUAUUAAGUUUAUUUCUCUAACGUAAACACAUACACACAUCCUUGAACUUACAUUUGUGGGAGUAAUAAAAUAACCAAGGAAAAACGAUCUACUAUUUUGGGUUUUGUGUACAUUAAUAAAGUCUCCCGUAACCAAGCAAAACUUUACAAUACAAAAUCUAAGUAGCUAUGAGUAGCAGAAACGAUGGUGCUAAUAAUGAGACAAGAGAAUUGGAGAGCUCAGAUGAAGAAACCCCUAUCAAUCCAGAAGUCCGCAUCCUGUCCCGAAUCUUUGGGGUCCACCGUGCAAGUGUGGCAUCUAUGCCGGGGACUAGUGGCGCAAGUCAUCUUGUGAGUCCAUUGCCGAACACGCGCCGCACGCCUCGAGAGCGCGAUCGUCUCUUCUGGACACUUCUUGGCAACUCUAGCAGACUGUCGUCUAGUGCCAGGUGUCGCAGCGGGCCUCCGCCACGCGGACCCAGACCCACAACCUACGCUGAUUUGUUGGAGCCCGAUCGCCGUCGCAUCUCGCUCACACGCCACGCUUCUCCCUCAGGUACCGGCUACCAACCUAACGCGAGUCAACUGACGAGUCUGCACUGCUCUUUGCGCAACCUACUGCGCAAGCGGCCUUACACGAGCACCGGCAAUGUGACAGGUCCAAGCUCAAGACCGGUGUUGGUUCUACGCGCAGCUCCGGACUCGAGCCGUGGUGAAGAUGAGUCCGACGGCAGAGGUCGCGGCGACCGUGAUCGUGACCGGAGCGACCGUGAUCGUGACCGGAGCGACCGUGACCGGAGCGACCGUGACCGUAGUGACCGUGACCGUGAUCGAAGCGACCGGGACCGCAGCACCCGGGAACAUGAGGAACGACAUCACGAUGCUGAGCCUAUUGACCUGGAUGACAUUGAAGAAUCGGUGCCGGGGCCGGCGCCGUCAUUCUCUCCUCGCGCCGACGCCGACGCCGAAUACUUUGCUGAUGAGCCUUUGAGAGCAGAGGAGCCCCUGAACAUGACGACGGGCGCGCUGCUGGAGGAAGAGAUUCUCGAAGUAGAUCCGGACCCUGAGCCCGCGCCACGACCACCACCCGAUAAUGAAACGGAAGUUCCUGAAACCCCAGAAUCAAGUCAGCAGAGAGGCACUAAAAGAAAAAGGGAAGGAGAAACACAGGAUUCAGCAUUGGCUCUCAAUCACAGCAUUCUUCGCCUUCUGGAGUGCCCCGUGUGCAUGGAAUGGAUGGAAGCGCCCAUCACGCAGUGCCGCCGCGGGCACUUGGUCUGUGGCACGUGCCGCAAACGCCUCGACGCAUGCCCCGUGUGCCGCACGCCCUUCUCGUCCGUACGGAACCGCGCUAUGGAGGACGUGGCAGGCGUCCUCCGCUACCCAUGCCGGCACGGCUGCGGUCGUUUCCUGCGCGCGCCACGGAGACACAAGCACGAAGCCAGCUGCGCGUCGCGCCGCCACGCCUGCCCGUUGAAUCAGUGCCGCGCCGUGCCGCCCAUGCCGCGCUCCAAGUUAGCCGCGCACUGCCAGACGCGGCAUCCAGAAUCCUUCAGAACCGGCACACAGCACGUCAUCCCAUUAGGCGUGCGCACCGAACAGCACAUGCAGUUCGUGGUCGCGGCACUAGGGGCCCUGUUCCACCUGCGAGUCGACAUGGAGGUGCGGACGUGGGGCGUCUGUGCUUUAGUGCAACAUCUGGGCCCGCAGGACCAGGCGGAUCGGUAUACUUACGAGGUGACAGUAAACGGGCGACACAGCGGGCGGCGACUAGUAUAUCGGCGUGCAACUCACAGCGAUCUUGAAAACCCGGUGCUCAACACCAGCAGGCAGGAUUGCUUCCACCUAACACUUGACCAGGCACUCAACUACCUGCGCUUCAGGAACGAGCACUCGGAGACGGACAAGACGCUGGACCUCGUCAUCACGUUGGCCGAGGCCGAACAAGAGGAACCCGCGAACAAUGAGCGUGACGAAGACUCGUGAACAUUUUUUGUAGUCCCAGUUUGCUUGAAUUUUAAUUCGAUUAUUUUUCAAGUGCACGAUCUAAAUGUACCUACAGCUUGGGAAAAAAAGAGUAGAAAUGGAAGUAAUUUUUUUUUAUCAUUGCAACACUUAAUAUUCUCACUGAAAAGUGUCAAAAUCUGGCAAAAUAUUAGCCACAUUCAAAUCGAUUUAUGUAGAUGGCGCCCCCAUUAUUCUCUACCCAUUUUUGCCAGGCUGUAUUGUUGAGAAUUUUGGGAAAGAAAACAACGUAUUCUAGUUGCCAUUACCUACAGGGAGCACUGUAGAAGACCUGUGUAGAAGCAGGCGUGGCGCACACCGCGAUUUCGUAGCGCCGCUACAAGUACAGUCGCCAUCAGAUAUGCCGGGGCGCGCAAAAAUAUUUGAAUACGCCUCUAUUGUUGCGGUGGAUGCUGCUGCGGUGGCCAGGGCUCGGAUACCGGUUAAAUUUUCAAACCGUUAUCAUAUACUUGCGGCAAAACCUUUAAAUUUCGUUUUCGCUCGAGAAACCGCUAUUUUUAAACCGGUU